UGUUAUAUUACAUGUAGUCGGAACAGUAUUUUGCUAUUACAUUAACAGUUUAGAAACCUGAUAAUAACAUUCUAUAGAAACUUUUCCACGCAUUUAAACGUUUUAUUGAAAUGAAGGACGCAAUGAUUUUAUGAUCUUGUUUGCAUUUCGUACAGAAAUAGUUGCAAAAAUAUAUAGGAUUUACACCAUGUGCCGUAGUAUUAAAUCCUUGCUCGCCGAAAUUUAUAUACUGAGUGCAUGUUGGCGAAGUGUUUUAACAAUUUGUCCGAAGAUACCCGAAUAUCCGUAUUCUGUUUACUUGGACAAAUCGCAUCAUUUUGAGUUUUCCUGGCGGGUAGAUUAUGCAAAAGAACUUGUGCACUUCCGGGUAUGUUUGGACUCACAUCCGGCCUCAGUGUUUGGUGUUGGAUUUUCAAACUAUGGAGAGAUGGAAAAUUCAGACUUUGUGAUAUACUGGACAAGCGAAUCUGGAGUACAUCAUUUUCAGGACAUGUAUACAGAUCGUGAAGGCAUCCCUCAUGUUGACAAGAAACAAGACUACAAGCUUGAACACAUACAGACACAAGGACAGCACGUUAUUCUCGUGUUCAAUCGGAAGUUUGACACGUGUGAUAAGCAUGACUAUAUAUUUGAUAGAGGGACAACUCACGUGCUGUAUUUCUCGUCAGAUCAACCAAUGAAAUCGCUGACAUCAGGUCACGUGAACAUAUCUGACCUAUCAUCUGGAUUACAGAGAAUCCAGCUAUUGAAACCGGACAUAAAACCUAAUCCAUUGCCGGAAGAUACGUGGACCUUUGAAGUAACAGCCCCGAAUAUUGAGGUACCUGCAACAGAGACGACAUACUGGUGGUAUGUAGCGACAUUACCUCCCUUGACCAAGAAGCAUCAUAUUAUCAA